GGAAAGGAAAGUGAAAGAGUUUCUCAUUCAGAGGCUUUAAAUGGCCAGGGCUGCUGACGAGGGGCUUCAGUCGACUAACUCUGAGUUUCACAGAAUGAUGAUGAUGUAGUAUGACUUCUGUAAGUGGGUGUUGUAUUGAGAGAGCAUGCAAGCCGAUUGAGUAGACGGGUAUGGAUGGUAAAGGCCCAUAUCGGAUCUACGACCCCGGCGGGAGCGAGGCUCAAUCCAAAGAGGAGGCCAGCAGCUACAGACAGCUCCUGGAGGAGAACACGGUCCUGAGAGAGCGCAUGAAAGGCCUCAAGAGCCUCGGAGAUCUGCUGGAAGAGUCCCAGUCGGAAGCGCUGAAGCUCCGCAAGCGAGUAGAGGAGCUGGUGAGAGACAACGAAGCCCUGAAGUCGUCCACCUCCAGCUUUGCCAGCGCCUGCGUCGGCACCCCGGUCCACACUGACACGCAAGGUCAUGGAAAGCUCCUGAGCCACCAGACGUCUGUGCGAUCCGAUCCCCGCGAGUGCCUGACCGGCAAACCCGUGCAAACGGAAGCCACUGAGACCUCGUCGCACUUCGAGCUGGUGAACACAGAAGACAAGACCAUGGCGGAGACACAAACGGAGAACACGGAGCUGGCCAGUCAGCUGCAGAGGCUGGAGAGCUCGUUCAGUGUGUUUGCGCAUUGCGAGUCCAACCCCAACCAGCUGCUGGCUCACCUGGGCCGCAUGGCCGUCGAGUUCCACACGCUGUCCUCCAAAGUGCAGAAGAACGAGCAGAGAACCUCGCUGCUGCAGACGCUGUGUGAGCAGCUGAGGCAGGAAAACAACGAGCUGCGCAAAAAAAUGGAGGAGGACCUUCAGUACCGCAAUCGCGACCUGGAACAGCUGAGGCAGGAGAACCUGAAGCUGCGGGAGCAGGUAAGCGGACACACAGAGGCGGCACAGAGUGACUCAGCCGAGGUCAAAGACGAGGUGGCUAAAGAGGAAGCUACAAAAGUCAAACUGGAGGCGGCAAUGACUCAGCAGACGAGUAAAGCUUCAGAGAAGACUCCAUCCAAGACCCUGGACCCCGAGGUGUACGAGAAGAAGAUCAGGCUUCUGGAGAAACAGAGGAGAGAUGUGCUGGAGGUGAACAAACAGUGGGACAUUCAGUGGAACUCGAUGAAGGCGCAGUACGAGCAGAAGAUUACAGAUCUGCGGCAGCGGUUGGCUGACUCGCAAAAAGCCGUCCAGGAGCUCGAGGCGGAGCGAGAACAGAGGCAGAGGGAUUACGACAAGAAGCUGCUCCUCGCCAAGUCCAAGAUAGAUAAUGUACAGGGUGAAAAGGAGUGUUUGACGACCGAGACGUGCGAGCUGAAGCAGAAAGUGCGCUACCUCCAGGAUCAGCUGGUGCCUCUGACUAAGCAGAGAGAGUACCAGGAGAAGGAGAUCCAGCGUCUCAAUAGGGCACUGGAGGAAGCGCUGAACCUGCAUUCUCCGACCUCCCAGGCGGGAAUGAACCUCGGCGAGGGAGUCCUGAACUUGCGCCAGCAGGAGCUCCACACUCAGAUCGCUGUCCUCAAAGAGCAGGUGAAGAUCUUCGAAGAGGACUUCCAAAAGGAGCGCAGGGAUAGAGAGCGCAUGAACGAGGAGAAGGAGGACCUGAGGCGGCAGGUGGAAAGGCUGCAGGGUCAGAUGACCAAUCUGACCAAUCAGCUCCAUCAGGCGCAAAACGAGUGCCAGAGAGAGCGAACAGAGCGGUGUAAACUGGAGCGACUUCAGAUGCAACACAAUAAACAGAUUUUGGAGGGGCAGCCAGAGAGAAGGACGUCUGACCCCACCUCGGGCGCGGCUAACGGGCCGCUGAGCCCGCCCUACUGCGGACCGUUCGUGCAGGUCGGCCACCAGCUCGAGGGCUGGCCCAUCCACUUCCCGCCCAGAAUGCCCACCUUGAGCGCCGCGCCGGGGCGAGACUUCCAGCCCGUUAAUCCGGGUUUUCCUUGGCAAACAUCAUUCCCACAGCCACGGGGCUCCAGAGUACCGACGGACGCAGCAAGAGCGCCACCAGAAAGUGCAGAAGCAGGAGCAGCGGGUUUCGGAAAGCGAGAGCGUCAGAACGCCGACUCCGGAAAGCACUAAAGCGCUUCACCCUUUUCCUCAACGCCGGCACGUGGCUUAGUAGCAUGAUGCAGUUUUCUUUCAGCUGGCAUGGUGUGAACUGUCCUUUGUUUUUUUGUUUUGUUUUAAAAUCCUCUCCCGGUGUGUGUAAGAGUGCGUGCCUGAGUGUGUGUGUGUGUGUGUGUGUGUGUACGUCUGUACAUAUAUAUAUAUAAAUAUAUCUCCGAUAAAAUGUUGUUUAUAUGCUUACGUUUUAUAAGCCUAUAUGUGAAACACUGUUCUGGAGUACAUACAUAAACAAUAUAUAUACAUUUAUUAUUAUUAUUAUUAUUAUUAUUAUUGUUAUUAUUAAUGUUAUUAUUAACUUUUGUUUUUUUUGGGCUUUGAGACUCUUGAGGAAUUUUGUCAGUUGUGUAAUAGAGGCAUGGACCAGAAGAGGAAAUACAGUCGAGUUGACGUGUUUCCAUGCGUCCUGCUUUUGAUUAGCACAUUUCUGUUGUUUGUUUGUUUUUUUCCCCCCAGUUACGGCUUUACGUUGACGUUCCUGUAAUCAAUGUUAUUUAUUAGUUAUUGAUGUGCGCUAACAAUCUGUAAACCGUCAGCUGUAUAGAGUAUCUACACCAUCAUCAUCAUCCUCAUCCUCAUGUUUAUUCCUCAAAAUAGAAUUAUCAAUAAAAAAACACUGAGGUAUCUUAUUAUUAAUAUUAAUAUUAUUAUUAUUUUGAUGCUGUUUAUUCGCUUAACUAAUGAAGCAAGUAGUGUCAGUUACAGGAACUUUAACGUAAAGCUCUAACGCUAUUUAUUCAUCGAAACUAACUGAAAGCAAGAGUGUGAUGUGACGUAACGUGAUGUGACGUGGUGUUUGUUAAUUAUUAUAAUUUUUUCUUAUUAUUGUUAAACCUUUUUUUUUUUUAAAUACUUAAAUUGACUCCUUUCGUUUGCAUUUCUUCAGGGUUGAAAAAAAAAACGCCCUUUGCGCCUUUUUCCAUGUGGAAAUUAAAAGAAAGUAUUUUCUUGUAACUUUUCUGUUAUAAAAAUAAAUAAUAGUAAAAAUAAAUAAAUAAAGGCGCUAUUUCUGUUCA